AUGGCUAACCUUCCAGGACUCCUCAUUGACAUCCCCCGCAACCCCAUCCUUGCGGUCGGUAUCCCCGUCGCCGUCGGCGUCGUCAACGGCUUUGCUACCAAGUCGUCCAACUACUCUGCCGACUCGGUCUGGUACAAGUCGCUCAAGAAGCCCAGCCUGAACCCCCCUCCCAGCUACUAUGGCAUUGUCUGGCCCGUUCUCUACGCCUCGAUGGGCUGGGCCUCGCACUUGACUGUCAAGGCUCUGGACCGCACCCCUCCUGGUCUUGGCCGUGACACUGCCAAGAAGGCUCUCUCGCUCUACUGGAUCCAGCUCGGUCUCAACGCUCUCUGGUCGCCCCUCUUCUUCGGUGCUGGCAACGUCGGUCUGGCUCUCGUCAACAUCGGCGCUCUCACUGGCACCGUCGGCCUCUGGGCUGCCACCGUCAAGGACGUCGACGAGACCGCCGGUCUGCUCGCCAUUCCUUACGUCGGCUGGAUGGUCUACGCCACCUACCUCAACGCCUCCAUCUGGUGGCAGAACUACGGCUCGUCCAAGUUCGGCAAGCUCAAGAAGGACGCCAAGGACCUUUAA